AUGGCUCCUUCCCGGCCCUGUUUUGCGCAGAAGCAGCAGCCAAAGUUUCCUUCCAUUAAAACAGCUUCUCGGGUUAUUUCAGAGACUUUGGCUGCUGCUUCUGUGCUGGGCUGGCCGGGACCUGGACGGAGCCGAGACGCCCGUACAGAGGCCAAUGGCCCUGUUUCUAAAAAUAAAACUUCUUCAAAACAUCAGAUUGCUGUUAACAGGGAAGAUUCAACAUCAGAUGAAUCUGAAGACUUGGAAGAGGAGCAAUGUCUGACUUACUCAAGUGCACUGAAGCGCAAAAUGAUACUGCCUUCCAACACGCCCAGUGUUCGCCGGACCAAAAGAAUGCGUAUUAAACCAUUGGAGUACUGGCGAGGAGAACGGGUGAAAUACAAGAUGACACCUUCAGGUGGCUUUGUAGUCGAUGGGGUAAUAUCGCCUGAACAGAGAGAACCCAAGAAACUAAAACCUAAAAGGACAAUACCUGCUCUGGAGUUUGACGCACCCGAUGACUCAGCUGUUACCUUAAAAAGUCUUUCUCAGCCAGCUGUUGUGUUUGAUAAAGAUACCAAUAAAGAGGAAGAAGAAGAAGAGUGA